AUGCCGCCCUCCAUGUCCGCCCCAGCACCCGACCACCGCGCCGCCUCGCCGACACCGUCUCAGCUGCCGCCAGUGCCAGGAUCACCAAGCUUCUCCCUUGCGUCGACGGCGAAUCCUCUUUCUGCCUACAACCUGCCUCUGCCGCCACCUCCGAGGCCAUCCCAUGCCGUACUGUCCAAGGCCGACCUCGAUGCCUCCCAAGCCGCGUAUGCCGACCUCCUAGCGACGGCCAAAUCCUACCGCCUCGCCCUCGCUUCCUUGUCGACUGCGGCCUCUGCCUUUGGCUCGGCGCUCGAGUCCUGCGCCCGCCUCAAAGAAGCCCGUGCCGAACCCCUCUGCCCGACACCCCAGGGCGCCUCCCUCUCCAACUCGUUCCACGCCGCCGCCUCCUCGGCCUGCACCGCCGACACGCUGCUCUCCGCCUCCGGCGUCCAUCAUCUCGUCGCUAACCACCACCAUAUCCUCUCGGAGACUGUCUACCGCAGCUUCGAGGUGCCUCUCCUCCACGACCUCGACAAGUGGCGUCAGGUCGUCGAGGACGAAGACGAGAGCUACGCCGCCAACAUCCGCGACAAGAGCAAGGAAAUCCGCCGCCUCGAGAAGGAGGGACUCAAGCUUCAUCGCCAGCGUCGACGCGACGUCAACGGCUUCCGCGCCCACCUUGUCGACCUCACCACGAAACUCGACGGCCUGACCUCUCUCCACGGCGAUCACGCCCGCACGCUGCUGCGGGAAUCCCAAGACACGAGCGGCAAAAUUGUCGAUGCCAGUUGCUCGCUCGUGCGCGCCGAGGUUGACAUAUUCGAGUCACUCGCUCGAAAGGGCUGGACCGGCGGCGGUCUCGAGGAUUUGCUCGAACGCGGCCGUGACUUGUUUGCGAGCGAAGCACAGGAUGAUGGCGGCAUUGGCGGCGGCGGUGGCGUGUCGUCGGCGGACCCUGCCAAGCUCUUCAGCAUCCUGCCGCCGCGGAGCAUCCUUGCUGACGCAUCAUCAGGGGGCGAUGCAGCGCGGACAACGGCGGCGGGUGGUGGAGGCCACGGCCGCAGCGACAGCCUGCUUGUGGACGAUCCAGAGCGCUAUCAGAGCCUGAUCGGUGCCGCGACGGUGUCGCCCGGCGGCGACGAGGCCGAAACGGCCAGUGUCUUCUCGAGUUCCGGCUUCAACCGGCCAAGAGGGGCCCGACCGUUCAGUCCCCAGCCCAUCCGUCGCGACCCUACCAAUGUGACUUACGAUGAUACACUGGGCGUCGUCGGCAUGGCAGAUGCGGGUCUCGGUCAUCUUGUUGUCCAGAGGCUCGAGGCUGCCGUGGAAGAGGAGCACGACGAGCAGCACGAGGAGCGCGCUGAGGAGCACGACGACGAAGAGCUACACAGAGACGGUGCUCCUACGAGAGAGACUCAUGCGAGCGAAGACAUGGCGGAGAGCGGCGGUGUCCAAGCCGCGGACGAGACGCUAGAGGAUGGAGCCAAGGAUGACGACGGUGAGCGAGGGCGCGCCAGGCGGUGGAGCGUCAACUCGGAUGAGAGAAGCGAGUAA